CCUAAUCUCAAGCUUCGUCACAGCUUAUUAGUCUCCCUGAAUGGCCAAAUACAUACAGACCAAAGUCUGAUGAGUGCUUUAAUAUUGACUUGUCCUAAAUCCCUAGGUACCCAAUCUAUACUAUUUCAUUCCUACCUAGAUACCUCCCAUCUUAAUAGUAGGUAGUUUUCGGGUGGAUCUUAGUAUGCCCGACCCCAUUCAACGAUCCGCGUGCGAUAGAUGUCACGGACAGAAGCUAAGGUGCAUGAGAAGUGCGUCUGGAGGUGCCUGUAUCCGUUGUACUAGAGCGAAGGCGGCCUGUACCUGGAGCCCAUCGCUUCGCAGUAAAAAGGGGUUGAAGCCCGAGGCGAUGAAUGGCCUUUACGAUGACCGGAACAAUUCUGUCAAUAGAGAGGAUAAUCUCGACCCGGUCAAAAUUAAUGGAAAUAGUCUUCCUCGCUCUACUCCUGCGGUAGCCGGUCCUAUUUGCCAACUUUCUCUUCCCGAUAUGAAUUUUAGCCUUGGAAACGACCUCUUCCAGUGCGACUCGGCGUUAUGGCAGACACCCCUUAUCACAGGCUCCACCUCUAGCUCUUCGCCCACUCUUGUCACAUCUACAAGCCCGUCUUUAUCACAGAUACCAUCACAGGAUGCUUCCAAUACUUGGCAAGAUCGAUUCAAUCAGGAGUGGGCCAUGCUAUCUGCCGAACAGCAAUCUCCUCCUAAGAAUGAUAGUCCGGCGGAAAAGCAAGGUCCCUUGCGGGAUAAUAUGCGGGGGCCUCCUUGCUUGCCGCUGGAUAUUAUCCAGAGCCUCUCCGAUUUGAAUGUCGAAACAUUCUCACUUUCUUCUGCUAUUCCUAAACCUCCAGUCUCUACGUCACAGCCACUGAGUUGGAAGGACAAGGACUUCGCCAUAGACAGAACAUUCCAAUUAUCACAGAGGUUUAUAGAGGUGCUUGAUAAGUUAUAUCCCCGUCAGCUAGGAAGUUCAGCUCAGGAUCCUAUCAUUUCUCCUAUCCGUGAGUCUAGCACCAGUCGACUUGCUUCAUUCGAUCACGCAUCUUUUCUAUUAGUUCUCUCAUGCUAUCAGAGGCUAAUCGGAAUUUAUAAUGACAUCUUCGGCAACAUGCAAGCUUGCUUGGACCGCUCCUCGGUCACGGCACCCGAGGAUUAUGUUCGAAUGCCCGAUGUGAAGGUCGGAUCCUUCUCCCUACCAAACUCUUCAGCCCUUCAAAUCACUCUGGUAUUACAGCUAGCUAGACAUCUCCUGCAGCGGAUGAGUUUCAUCAUCAAAAUCCUUAAUCCAUCCCCAAUUACUGAUGACAAUGACACAAACGAUUUAAUGGCACCAACCUUCAAGGCGGUUACCGCUAGAGAGACUGAUUUGAUCGAGAGAAUAAAUCUCUUGAGGAGCACACUUGUCUCGUUAGAUAUCUUAUAAGCUGGUAGAGGUAUCGCGUUAUAUAACCCUCUCUUACGACUAUCCGAGUUACCUCUUCCAUGGAAAGCACGAGGAAGUAUCCUAUCUCCUCAAGGAGAAGGUGUUUUUUUCUCUUUAUCUUAAACUACGUAAGAAAUUAGAGGAAUACUUAAGUCCUGAAAUUUCAUCAAUUAUCAUCCGCAAGUAACGGUAGUUAUGCGCAACAAUCUAUCACAAGUCCUUCAAACCCAUUCUCGGCACAAAUCAAUCGAUAGAGCCUACCUAGCAAAUACAACAGUACGUAAUGAAAGUUGGCCUAAUUUUCGCAAUAAUGGCCGACUAUCAGCAUCUACCUAUCCAUCACACAUUAUUAGGGCAGCUGUUUGAUGAAGUUCAAAUAUAUUGAC